AUGGAACUUGCAGUUGAGCAAGCUACUCAAUCACGUUCAAGAAGAAGCAAGUGGCAGUUUAUGGGGACAAGUGAUGCUGGUGCUAAAGAAGAGUGUCACCGGGUGUAUUGUGUGUCUGAAAGAACAGAAGGAAAUCCCUCACUAGGAAAUGCUAGUUCAUUCCAAAAGUCACUUGUUUUCUGCAGUAGAAGAACAUGGGAAGGUGGUCAAUACAAUAGGGAUGAAAAGAGUCGAUUGGAUGAUCUGUGUUUAGCAAUGGAGCUAGGAGCUGAUCACAUCGAUGUUGAGCUUCAGGGUGAGAAGAAGAAGAAAAUAAAAACUGAAAAUUAUUGGGAUUGGGAAUUGGCCAAUGAGACAAAACCGAUAUGGUCGGAGGGGGGAAGAAGCAUCACGGGAGUCAACAUCUCAAAUGAAGAGCAGGCUUCUAUUAGUGUAGCUGUUCCUUCUGUACAUGAGACUGAAGGUGGUUCUGCUUCUUUAGGUCCCACUUACAGGGAUUCCUUCUUUCACUACAAGGUUAAUUGCAGGUGGUUGGAGACGUGCACAAUCCUUGGAAAAUAUUCUUCUUCCUCUGAAUUCUUACAACUUCUUUCAUAG